GCACUUCAUAACUAUCAUCUGAUGAUUAUCGAUAUAUUUGACAGAGAUGGUUUUCUUGUGCUGGGCUCGUCCAUCUCCUCAAGAACAGAAGGCCUGCAUCAACAAGUCAGGUGCAUUCAACUAUGACGCUAAAUUCAGAGGAGCUACUGCUAAGCCCCUGUCCUGCCUCCAAGAAGACAAAGAGCUCUCAAAAGAUGGUUUCUUACUGAACCAUGCGCGUGUGUUAGUUGGAUCCGGUCUUGAGACUUUUGAAAAGGGUAAAAGCGCUCUACAAACUUGGAGGCAUUUUGGAUUGGAUUGGGCAUUUGUUGAUUCUAAAACUCCAAUUCAGAAUGGAGUCAAGUUCUGUGUUUGUCUCAAGGAGUUUCUCCCAUGGAUGAUGAUGCCACUUCAGGUUGUGUAUGUAAAUGACAAGAGAAAGGCUAACAAGGCCAUGGUGUCAUUUGGUUUUGGAAGCGGUACCCUUCAAGGUCACCUACUGGCUGGGGAAGAACGUUUUUCCAUUGAGUUAGAUGAGAACAACCAAGUGUGGAACAAAAAAGGGUGGCUCAUGUGUGUUAUCACAACCGACCACACCCCACAAAUACAUCGCCUGUGGGUACCACCAGCACAUAAUGCCCAUGACUUGGACUCCACCCUUGUGCUUUGUUUUUUUUUUUUAGAAACCGAAGUCCAAACCCCACACCUGUGGGGUAUGAGGACUCGAACUUGCACCUGGCACAGCCAUCAAGAAGGGGGCAUCAAGAUGAUUGUUGAUAACCCACUUUACAUCCCUUAAUUUUCGUAAAAAUUAUUUGAAGAGAAUCAUUUUAACAUGACAA